AUGAGCAUGCAUGACUACUGCAUCAAGUGGUGAAAGUGAAAAUGGAACUGACGGGGGCGGCUGCGGCUGCGGCUGCGGCUAGAGCUUUUGUCGUCGAUCCGUCCGGCCGCGUCCUGCCCACCUCACCCUGUCGCCUCCACUCGCUUCGAAGCUCCACCACAGCAGCCCAGCAGCCGUCGCCUCCCUCUAUUUAUGAUGCCUGCCUCUGCCUCUGCCUCUGCCUCUGCCUGCACCGAAUCGUCUUCUCCAUCCCAGUUGAGCCGCAAGAAAAGCAUCGAAUCGAAUCGUCUUCUCCAUCCCAGUUGAGCCAAUUCCGCCAUUGUUGAUCGCCCGCUCGCCUUUUUUUUCUUUCCUCUGCCACCACUGCUCUGCGAUCGACGGCUGAUUGGCAAGGAACCGAUCGAGCCACUGUCCAGAUUUCAAUCCCAAGAUUGCUUCUGGCCUUCCCUGCCAGCAGAGCCGGCCAUGGAGAAGAAGGAGACUCCGCCGAUGCAUAGCAGGGACCUGCAGGACGAGGCCACUGCAGCAAGUGUUGUUUCAUCAGAGCAACGGCCGCGGCCACAUCUCUGCAUCGACAUCCCGGCAGAAGAUCACCUCCCGACGCCGACGCACGGCGGCAUGAGCAUCAUCACUACCCCACCUUCCACCAGGAGGGGGCAGCAGCAGACAAGCAGCAACAUCGCCACCACGCCCGUGUCUUCCUCCAGCUCCAGCAGGCCGAGCAGGCCGCCUCUGCGCUCGCCGUCCUUCAUGCUGAGGCAGACGGUGAAGAGCCUCCUGCCGGCGGGGAGCUUCAAGUCGUCGGCCGUCUCCAAGCUGUUCAGCUCUGGCGCCACCAAGACCAAGGUGAUGGCCAGGACGUCGUCGCUCCCGCUGGACGAUGCUCUGUCGUCGUCACAGCCACAGCCACAGCCACCAAUCCAGCAGAAACCAGGUGGUGCAGCAGCAGCAGCAGCAGCAGUCCACCACAUCUGCCGCUCGCAGUCGCUCCCCAUGAACAUGAAGAAGCUCAACAAUGGCAAGAGCUUCAAGAGGAUGGACUCGCUAGGCGGCAUGUACCGUGUCGUCCCUUCCAUGACCAGAACAACCCCUGCCGUCGUCCCUGACAUAGUCCCUUCAGAUUCAGGUACGACCGGCGGCGAAGACCACGACGACGACGGCGGCGGCGGCGAGGACAUACCGGAGGAGGAGGCGGUGUGCCGGAUCUGCAUGGUGGAGCUGUCGGAAGGCAGCGAGACGCUGAUCAAGCUGGAGUGCUCGUGCAAGGGCGAGCUGGCGCUGGCGCACAGGGACUGCGCCGUCAAGUGGUUCAGCAUCAAGGGCACCAGGACCUGCGAGGUGUGCAAGCAGGACGUGCAGAACCUCCCCGUCACCCUGCUGCGUGUCCAGAGCAUCCAGCAGCGCGAUCACCCCAAUCGCGGCGGAGGGAGCACGCCCAGAUACGAUCGCUACAGAGUUUGGCAUGGGACGCCUAUCCUUGUAAUCAUAAGCAUCCUGGCCUACUUCUGCUUCUUGGAAGAAUUACUGGUGGCCCAUGACGGCAUCGCUGCGCUGGCUAUAUCGCUGCCCUUCUCAUGCAUCCUGGGCCUCUUCUCAUCCUUAACCACAACAAGCAUGGUGGCAAGAAGAUACGUAUGGAUCUACGCAGCGGUUCAGUUCCUCUUGGUCGUCUUCUUCACCCAUCUGUUCUACAGAUAUCUCCAUUUGCAGGCUGUGAUAUCCAUCAUCCUGGCGACCUUCGCCGGUUUCGGCGUCGGCAUGACCGGCAACUCGAUCGCCAUUGAGAUACUACGGUGGAGGGCGAGGCGGGUGGCGCCUCCUACUCAGCAGCAGGCUCGCCGUCACCGCAGGGCGCGUGCACCGCCUCAGCAGCAACAGGCUGCUCCUGCAUCUGAUUCUGAUCAUCAACCUUCCAGUCAGCCUUCAGCUGCAGACGUGGGAGUGGGAGUGGGAGUUGGACAGCACGACGCCAUGGCCGCCGCCGGAGAUGUUGAGAACCCACCCGUCCCUCAGGCGGCAUAGAACAGUAUCGCAUAUACGAUUCUCUUCUAGUUUAUAUACUGUCGAUCGAGCUUGUAGCAGUUUGUAGUUUGUUAGUUUACCAGAGAGGUUUUGCAUUGGGACCUUGUUACACUGUAUAAAAGGUAGUGCAGAUGGACUCUGAAUUUUGUUUCUCUGAUAUAUGCAUGCCUUGUGAAAGAGAUCACCAUUUGGUGCUGUAAUUUACUGUAUGGACAUUCUCUGUUCUUGCCUAACGAAAAUCUUCAGGAAAAUUGUUUGGAUGCUUUUGACAA